CAUUUGAGAAUUAGAUCCGCUGUAGUUCAGUCUGUGAAACUCUGUGUUAACCGGUGUUUCAUUCACCAGAGUCUUUCUGGGCCUCUUUUUGUCUCUCACUUAUCACACUUUUUUGACAAGCCAUCAGCGGAUUACUGAAUCACACUGUUACUCACAUAAUUUAACCGGCCAACGUCAUGAGGAAUUUUCUCUUCGUCCUCGGCGCGUUAUUGUCAUUGAGCUUUGGAGAAUCAGAGGUCCUGGACACGAUAGCUCACUGGCCUCUCCUGGACUUUGCCCUGCCAUACGAUCGAGCUUUUCUGAACGAAUACCGUGCAGAGAAUGUGGUGCCAACAGGAUUUGCCGUUGCCUGGCACAGAAUUUUUAUUUCAAUUCCUCGCCUACGUGCAGGAGUCCCCGCAACUCUGAGUGUGAUUCCUCGGGAUAUACCACUUGGUAGCAGUCCUCAAUUGCAAGCAUAUCCCUCCUGGGAAUGGCACAUCGCUGGUAAAGGGGAAUUCAACUGCUCUUUAUUGAUUUCCGUUUAUCGAGUUAAUGUGGACAGGUGCAACAGGCUCUGGGUUCUCGAUAGUGGAAUAAACACCUCGAUCGAUGACUUCCGCGUUGUCUGUCCACCUAAACUACUUAUCUUUGACCUGCAAACGGACACACUUGUGCGGUCGUAUGUGUUCCCGCGCCGGUCCCUGAGACCACACAGUCUCCUCACGAAUUUGGUCAUUGAUGACACAUCAGCGAAUACUUGUGAUGACGUUUGGGUGUAUUUGACGGAUACAACUGGAUCAGGUCUCAUGGUAUUCGAUGCGGCGAAUGACAGAAGCUGGAGAUUUCAACACGCAUCAAUGUUUCCAGAUCCGGAUUACGCAACUUAUCAGAUCGCAGGGGACUCGUUUGAGCUGUUUGAUGGGAUCGUGGGUCUGGCAUUUUCACCACGUCAGAGGCGAGUCUACUACCAACCACUUGCGACAGACCGUAUGUUCUCUGUUCCAGCGUCAGUUCUUCAGGCGGGUCCUCUUCCCUUUGGAGAACAAUUGCCCGUCAGUUUGGUCGGUAGAAAGUCGAGUCAGGGACUGGCAAUGGCUGUUGAUACUCGUGAUGACACCAUACUAUUCUCCCCCUUGACAGAAACUGCCAUUGCUAGCUGGAAUCCACAUUCAAACAAUCAACGGAUAAUUGCAUACCAGCCGGAGCAAUUCCAAUUCGUUGCAGAAUUGAGAUUGGUUGAUCGAGACGACGGGAAUAUCUGGCUGCUUUCGACGCGUUUCCAGAAAUUCUUCAACCGACGAGUUAACAACCAAGAGAUAAACCUAAGAAUUUUAAGAAUUCGUCCAGAAAGUCGCGACCACUCACCAGUUCCCCACCGCCUUGAUCCCUACGCCCUUAACUUAUACAACAACACUCUUCCGCUUUUGCUUACUCUCAUCCAGAUCGAUGAAUGCGAUCGGCUGUGGGUAUUGGACACUGGUAAAAUCGAGGAAGAGCACGUGUGUCCAGCCCAACUGCUUGCCUUCGAUCUCCACACCGAUCGUUUACUAAAACGAGUGAAAAUCCCCAGGAGCAUAGCCAGGAAUACCCUAACAAAUCAGGGAUUGUUCGUGACCCCUGUGGUGGAGACUGAGGGUGUUAAUUGCGAGAAAACCCACGUCUACAUGGCAGACACGACGGGAAAUGGUCUAGUCAUUUACAACGGGACAACCCUGUGGCGUCUGGAGUCACCAGCAUUUGCGUUUCAAGAGGCAGCAGCUAAUUUCACUGUAGCUGGUGAUCAUUUCUACCUCGAUGAUGGUGUCCUCGGGAUGGCACUGAGUCCUCCUGUCAGUCCGAGGGAAAAUUAUAGGCAUCUCAUGCUCCGACCACUCGCAUCUUUCGAUAUGGUAUCUGCUGAGACAUCUAAUCUCCAUCAGUCUCAUUCAGCUCCUGUACGUUAUACACUUGUAUCGGGGGCAUUACCCAGUCAAGCUGCUGGUAUGGCCUUUUCAGCCAGUGGAGUACUCUUCUUUGGCCUCAUUCAGGAACAUGCCAUUGCCUGCUGGGAUAUGCACAAACCCAUUGCUCCGGAAAAUAUUGUAAGUACUAUUUCUCAAGAUGCUUUCACACAAUUUCAUUAUUUUCUUAUUUCAAUAGCUUCUAACACCAUCGAGACAAAUAUUAUGAACGAAUCAGCAACUCAAGGAUUCCUUCAUUGUGGAAGCCACUCAAAUAAUUUAAUUCGCGUCAUGAUUUUUCACGGGGAAUUCAGAAUAGCCACGAACAGAUAUCAAAAGAUAGCCUUGGAUGUGCAAAACUUCAACGAUGUGAACUUCAGGGUCAUGUCGAGAAGAUUGGACAGCCUCAUCAGAGGCACCUCCUGCGAUUCACAAUCCAACCUGGAGCAUUUGUUCAGGGACGCUGAGGACACAAUCUGGGAUUACAGCCAUUACCUCUGGAACUUGGCAAAUGCAGAAGAGUACAAUCAAUAAAGAAAAUAAAAGUGAAAAACAAAAAACAGAAA